AAAGUUCGCACGUGAGUCGAGUGACGUCGAUAUGCCGCCGCCGGCGGCCGCGGCUGGCUGCGCUGCUGAUCGAUCGCGAUCGAUCGCUGCGUCGGCGGCGUGUGUGUGUGUACGUGUUCGAUCGUCGCGACGUCACCGCUCCUAGCUCGGGCGGGCGCGGUGUAUAAACCGCGACCGACCCACUCCGCUUGCGUGCGCAUGCUCUGAACGUUAGUUCCGCGGUUUGGAUAAAGGCGCUGCGGUGCGUGUUUUCGGAAAAGCCAGCACACGAUGAAAGGAGGUUUGCAAGCACUGUCUCUCGCAGCGUUAGUGCUGAACAUCUGUCUUUCGACUUUCGCACUCCCAAUAGCCAACGAAGAUGACGGAGCUGACCCCAUAUUGCUGCUUGCAACCGGACUACUCAGCCAAGAAAAGCGACUCCAAGCAAUGGAACAGCGACUGAAUGAAAUGUCAUCCACUUCAAUUCAGGGAGCAGUGCCACCAACAACCAGAAGCGAAGUGGUACGAGCAAGACUACAACAGUCACUGGCGGAGAGGCAGCAAUUGCCUAUCGAGACUCGCAUGACUUACCUGGAAGAGGAUGUCGAAGACAACCGCAAAACCACAGACCACAAGCUGCAAGUUGUCCACGACAUGGCAGCGGAUGCUCAGCGUCAAGAGUCAGAGGACGUUCUCGAGCUGCACAAAAUGAUAUCUGACAGUGUGGCCCGUCUGGAGAGCGAUAUCAAUGUCACUUUUGCAAGGAUCGAGGGUGACCUUGAUCUAGUCAAGGCAGGGGUCGAAGAGAACAAAGCAGACAUCAACACAAACUUGAACUGGUUCUUCCAUCUCAACACUGGCCUGCACAGGACCAUAAACUAUGUGAGACACAUCGAGUAUACUCUGGAGGACCGGAUUUACGUGCUGGAAGAACAAAUGAAGGAGGUCUUGAAAUUCCUGCGCGACGAGGAGAGAAUGGGUACCGAGGUUCCGACACAGUCGAGCACUGAGCCUUCAGAAUCAAGUAUGGGCCCCGGAAUCCCAACAGAGCCAAGUGUGGGAGGUGUUGGAGAAACAGGCGGUGGUAGGGCUGCCAGGAUAAUGAACGAAGCUAAGAAUGCCUUGCAAGAGUGGAUGGAUUCAACACAGCCUUCCAGGAAAACAGCUGCAGUGGAGGAAUAUGCUGAAGUAGAGAGCGCCAAAGUGGAGAGUAAGACUGGAAAAAGUCAGAGUGAAACACUUCGAGAGCUCUUGUAUGAGUUGAAUAACUACAACAUGUAACCCACAAGAAACUUAACCUGGAAUAGUAGGCGUUUAAUACAGACUGUUUUUAACUAUUGGUAAAUGCUGUAUGUAACACAAUUUACACGGAAAAUGUGCCAAAUGUUCAUGAUGAACUCGAUAAACAUGCUCCUUUUGGUUGAAGUGUAUAGAUCUGAGACUAGACUGUGUGCAAACACUAGGAUGCCUUCGUGGCCCUCUGUUAGCCAAGUAAUCCUACAAACCCACAUACAAUAAUUGCUAUGUCAACCUUAUGCCACAUCAAAGACAUUUGUAUGUAUGCAGUCUAUGUGGCCAAGUCACUAAUCGCUUGAUAGUAUAAAGUAAUAAGCAACCAAUGCAUGAAUGAAAUCAUGUCAUGACAUGCUUACAUCAAUUACAUGUCUCUCAUCCCUAUUUCAUGAUCUUUUCUAGUCAUAUUUGUACAC